AUGGAAAGAGUCCAUGGCGAAGAUCUUCCUCGGGCAUGGAAAAGACUUCCCAAAGACGGCCGCCACGAUAUGUUCACCCAGUUGAAAGCCAUGUUUCACGAAUUGAGGACAUUGACACCACCACUAGGUACCGGAGUGGAGAGCUGCACAGGUGGGAGCCUCUACGACUCCCGUAUUAAACGGGGCCCACGGUUUGGGCCGUUUAGGAGUAUACAGGACUUUCAUUUCUGGCUUCGAGAAGAGCUGCGGCCAUCCGAGUUCCCAAGCCGGCCGAAAGAUCAAGAAUGGCAGGAUAUCGAGAACAUGGUAGCGAUGCAGGACGGGCCAUGGCCUCCACCUGUGUUUACCCACGCCGACCUAAACCCAUUUAAUAUUCUUGUCCGCGACGACAAAGUGGUCGCCGUUAUAGACUGGGACUUUGCGGGGUGGUACCCAAAUUACUGGGAGUAUACAUCUGCUUGGUAUGGCAACAUCACGAGGACGGGCUGGCAGGAUGAAUUGGGCCAGUUUCUGGACACAUUUUCCGCAGAAUUAGAAAUGGAGAGGACGAGACAGAAGUGGUGGGGAGAAGUGUAA